AUGGCGUCGUCAAUACCAGGCUCCACGGGUCAGCCCAACAAUUCAGCGGCCAACGUCAUAAACCAAACUGAUAUGCAAGACGACUCCCAACAAAUAAAAACUUCCCCCACAAAUGCCAACAGCAGUCAGACAAGUACACAAGAUCUAGACGAGAAGCCGGAUCCCAUCAGCUUGCCCGAAGCUGGCAGGACCAAGUUUCAGACGGCAGUUAUCAUGGGAGCUCUCAUCAUGUCCCUCUUCCUUUCCGCUCUCGACAGUACUAUCGUUACUACCGCCGUUCCCACCAUUGUUAGUCAUUUUAACGCCCCUUCCGGCUACAUUUGGAUAGGUAGCGCCUAUCUGCUAGGAAACGCUUCCGUUGUACCAGUCUGGGGAAAAUUGUCCGACAUUUUUGGUCGCAAGCAGACCUUGCUCCUCGCAGUUGGCAUAUUCCUGUUGGGAUCACUGCUCUGUGCAAUCAGCCGCAGCAUGGGAAUGCUGAUUGCUGCGAGGGCUAUCCAGGGUGUUGGCGGUGGUGGCGCCGUUGUGCUACCCAACAUUUGCGUUUCCGAUCUCUUCUCCCUGAAAGAGCGCGGUAUGUAUUUCGCUCUACUUAGCAGCGUCUGGGCUUUGGCAUCGGCCUUGGGUCCUGUUAUGGGCGGUGUUUUCACAAGCAGGGUGUCUUGGCGUUGGUGCUUUUACAUCAACCUUCCCUUUGGCGGCUUGGCUCUUGGCGUUUUGGUCUUCUUCCUGCAUCUGCACAAUCCUCGCACGCCUCUUAGACAAGGUCUUGCUGCCAUUGACUGGGUUGGUAACCUGCUUAUCAUGGGUGGCACGCUCAUGAUUCUCAUGGGUCUUCAGUUUGGCGGGGAUAAAUUCCCCUGGAAAUCCGCGACUGUUAUCUGUCUCAUCGUCUUUGGCGCUGUUGUCAUUGCGCUCUUCUGCAUCUACGAGUCUAGGUUUGCCGUCUAUCCCGUCAUGCCUCCACGCAUCUUCCAGUAUCGAAACACAAUUGCCGCGUACAGUUUGAGCAUCACGCAUGCUAUGGGAUUUCUCGGCGGUAGCUACUGGUUGCCCUUGUAUUUCCAGGCUGUUCUCGGCGCCAACUCGCUCUUGUCUGGAGUGUAUUUGCUACCAUACGUCGUUUCGUCAUCGUUCGCUUCAAUAGGCUGUGGUUUUUUCAUCAAGAAGACUGGGAACUUCCGGUGGCCUAUCAGUGUUGGUCUAUUCGUUAUGACCAUCGGAUUUGGCCUCCUAACAUACCUCGGCGAUAAGCCUCAUUGGGACCGCAUCAUCAUCUUUCAAAUCAUCGCCGGACUAGGAUCUAGCACCAACUUCCAGGCGCCUCUCAUUGCUGUCCUAGCCAAUGUCGAGCCCCAAGACAGUGGUGCCGCCACUGCUGCCUACUCUUUUGCUCGUCAAAUUGGCACGUCUGUGUCAGUCGUUAUUGGCGGAGUUGUAUUCAGCAACGCAAUGAACUCACAGCAAGGUCAUCUGAGAUCCGUUCUGGGCGCACAAAUUGCGUCGGAAUUCAAUGGACGGGACGCUUCCGCCAGUGUUCAGAAGGUUGCGGGACUUUCUACAGAUCAAAGGAAGAUCGUCAGAGCUGCCUAUUGGGAUGCGCUGCAGAAGAUGUUCAUCCUGUAUGCCUGCGUCGUUUUUGUCGGCCUGUUGAUUAGCCUGUUCAUUCGGCAAGUCAAGCUGUCUCAGGAACAUGUAGAAUACAAAACUGGUCUGCAAUCUUUGAAAAAGGAAGACUAUGGAAAGACUAAGGAGACCGACAAGGAAACUCCACCGGACGAGAAGAGUGCCACGGAUAGAACCUAG